CAACCAAUCAGUGGCUUUGUCUGGAGACAAACAAGAAAGAUAAGUAAAUGAUCACUAAUAAAUUGAUGAGAACGUUUGCAGCCUUGAGAUCGGAGCCACUGUGUGUUCAAGCAGUCUGCGCUAUGUUUAAAUGAUUUAUGCCACGUAUUUACAUCUAAUUACAACAAAACUAUCAAUGAGGUGAAUGACUGAACACUGGAGCGAUGUAGUCAGGGUGGUGCCCUGUCUCCGCCCCUCCUCUGUCUCUCCGCCCUUGGAGAUAUUUCAAAAAGAUUGAACAAGUUGGAUAUUCGCAGCUGAGGACGGACCGGAAAAAGGUAUUGAUCCGUGGCAAAUGUUAGUCUUAGAAAUGUCUAAAUUAAAGAGAAUAAUUGUCAAACAAUUUGUAAUAUAUACUGCACUGUUGUUUUAUUACAGAUCGUAACUGAUGCACGGUUUAUAUAUUGUGAAUGGAUAAUUUAUUAUGACUAGAAAUCUGUGUCUAUUUUAUUUUAUUUUGAAAAGGAUGUUGUGUUUCGUCCUCGCAGUAGUUGAGCUUGUAUAAAGCUUGGCUGAGCUCCGUUACAGUGAUCCAACUAUCAACCCCAUCGACCUGGAUAGUGAGCAUCGUAUUGUCUCCUACAUACGCAAACAGGUAUCACACUAAUCUUAAAUCAUGUCUUAGUUUGAGUUAAAGCCGAUGUUUGACUUUAGGCUGGCUUGCUGUGCUGAUGUGUUUCUGCAGCUGCUGCUAUGAACUGCGUUGUUAGGCCUGGCUGUGUUGGCGCGGAUGGAAGGUUAGCUCGGAGCUAGACAGCUAACGACGGACACAGACCGACAGAAAACAAUACCUUCACUCUAAACAUAUUUUUGGACCUUAAAUAUUCAAAACACCCGAGUUGAGAUUAAACAUACUGGACAUUAAGGGUCUGUACAUUCAUUUAAACAGCCUCAAGUUAAAUGAACGGGUUACCGAGCCAACCUAGCAACUGUCACAGCCGUUGCUAAGUUAGCUCACUAGUUUGUGGCGCUCAUCUAAUUAACCAGUCAUCAACCACGACUUGUUAAGAUGUUUACCACUCCCAGACUAAACAAACUAAGAAACCGGCCUGGUGACAGCCAUUGUGGCCCAACACACUGAGCCUACCGGUUGAUAAUCCAGCUUGAAAAUGGUUGCUAACCUUAUCAUUUGUGUUGCAUUUGUGGGUGCAGCCGUAUAUUCAUGGGUGCACAUAGAGUAGAUGGAGGGCACAGUUGAACCAGCAUGUCAGCUUGAUCCAUUUCCCACCUAACCAAGAGUCCGUAUGUUCAUCUUUUUAACCUCUUCUGUUUUUUUAAAGCUGACAGUCGCAUUUCUGGCGGUAUACUGCUGUCUCCCUCAUGCCCACACACAUUUCUCCUGUACUGUGCCAUAACUGGUGUGACAGCAGGGUGCUUGGUUAUAUAGCAUGAUCUAUGUUGGUUUUUGUUGUUGUAUGUUUGAAUAUAGACGUGUCCAGUUGUUGGUGAUUGAUAAGAAUACAUGAUAUUUGAAUUUCAUAUUUCCUCAUGUCAGGCCAAUACCUGUAUCUGUACAUUGAGGGAAAGACAUUUAAGCCAUAACUGUGCAAGGAAUUGCUUGUUACUCAUUUGUGUCUGCAGUUUUUUGUUAAAUAGACAAAAAAAAUUAAUUACUUUACUAACUACUAUAUCUGGGAAAUGUAUUAUUUUGGUGCCAGUCAGGAUGACAGUUUUUGAAAUGCACACUUACAUUGGUGGUGUAAAGGGACUGCCGAAUGGCUUUUCUUCCCAUCAAGCCAAACAAGCAUUGCAAAUGGCUAUUUUCCUGUCUGAUGUCAACACCUUUGACUACUCUGAUACAGCCAGUGUGAGGCUUGUUGACAUGCAUGGCCAAUGUGGUCAUUACCAUGCGUGACAAUAUCGGCAGUACUUAUCGGCAAAAAUUUUCAUACCCACCAAAACAUGAAUAGACUUUUCAUGCUAUUACCUGCUGUUAUCAAUACUGUAUCAAAUAUAUUGUGCAUUCCUAGUUCUAAUUUGUUCUUUACAGUUUAGUGACGACAACUGGGAACUAGAUCAUUACAUAGGAUUUUAAUGGCUUCUAGCUGUUUCUCUCCAGUGUUGAAACUAUUAAUAAUGCCAUCCCAUUCAUGUUCCUCUAUCGUUUCUUGGAUUAUGUCACCUAACUGAAGCUUGUGUAUCUUGGCAACACUAUGAGCUGAGUUAGAUUUUUACGGAUGCUGCUGUGGAUCAGUGUGCCUUGGAAGGCUAAACUGGCUCAGUCUGCUUUCAGUGUUUGACAGACUGGCACCAUGCUGACAGUAGUUUGCAGAGAUGUGGAGGAUAUCUGUAGACUGUUUACUUUGCUGGCUUGGAUCAAUAUGAAAUAUGAACUCAUGGCCCCUCCCUGAGCGUGCAUUAGACAAUCACAUGCUCAGGCUUUCAAGAGAAAUUCAUGUGGGAAAGUGAGUGUUGUUUUCUGCUCAAAGCACGGCCAAAUGUGUAAAGUUACUUUUUCAGCUGCAUUAGGAAUGUGUUUUUGACUUGAACAUUGAACAGCAAGUAAGAGCUGCUGAAGAAAGCUCAUUUUAUUAUCAUAAAGUGAUUGUGUUGGUUGGUAUCAAGUGUUUGUAGUGCUUCAGUAAUAGUUGACACAUAAAAGAGGCAGCUGAAAUGUUCACCACAAGUUGUUUUCAAAUUGGCCUGGUUGCAUAGUGUAGCUGACUAAAUCAUGUGAGAAACAGAAGUGGAUGUAAUAUUAACCCUUGUAAAAAGAUACCACCCAGGAAGUCCAAUGAGAUUUGCUCAUUCAAAGUUCACUCGUUCAAAGGGAUCAUAAACCUGCAAAAAAUGUAAGUCUGGAUUCCCUUCUGGGUAAAUGACGUGGCCCACUGGAUGUAAACAACAGUGUUUCUCCUGUGACCGAGAGAACACGGAAAACUUCACAUGAUGACAGCAGCAAGGAUUUUUGUAUCACUUUAAUAAACUUGAAAGCUAAGUUUGCAAGUUAACAUGCCUUGUCAAGUUUUACUGAUGUCUUCUCUAUAACGCUGAUCUGGAGAAGUACUCAAAGGCUGCAGGGGAAUUUUUUGCUGCAGUAACGUAUGUGGCCACAGGGUAACACUGGAACAAGCCUGAGCAUUUUUGCCAUACUCAUGUCCCAAUAACACCUAUAGAAAGACGAGUAUGUGCAAGAGGAUCAGUGAUAGAGGCCUACUGUUUAAAAAAAAUGAAGAACUCUAUGUUCAAUAUGUGUGAGCUAUGAGUAAUAUGUACUAUAUCGAAACACAACUGCACUGUAUAUCUGAAAAAGAAAAGUAUGCUAAUGCUAAAUUUCUCCAGCAGGGGUGAAGUUCAACUGGUUGCAGCUGCAUUUUUUCAGAUCACCCCUGGUGGAUUUAUUUGAGUCUUGAUUGUAGGUUUUGAUUUGCUCCAGUGAUAAUCCUCAGGAGAAAUGUAAUCUAAUGUUGACAUUGAUGUUUCUGUUUUCCAGUUGAGUAGCUUUGGGGAAGCCCACCCCCCGAGUGGCAACCAUGGGGGAUGAUAGCGAGUGGAUGAAGCUUCCCAUCGACCAGAAAUGUGAACACAAGGUGAGUGAUUCAUCAUCUGUUGGUCUCCUCUGCUGUUGAGCUUCACUUCAAUUUGUAAUUAAAUUAUUCUCCUGUAGUAGGGAUGGGUGAUAUGGGGUAAAACAUUUAUCAUAAUAAGAUUUGCCCGAUAAAAAAUAUUAUAAUUCCAAUCAAUAUUUUUGACAAAUUUUGUCUUGAGAACACCAGUUGGAAUAGUCCAGUAAGAUACUUAACCACAAGUUUGAGUGGUAGGUUUCGGAGAAAACUAAUAAUAUCAAACAAGUCUCAAAUGUGAAAACAUUUUCAACAUUUGUUGAAAACUCUUAUUGCACAGAGUGAACAGCAGCAGCAGAUCCUCUGUCCGACGUCAGGCAUACCUGAUUGCACUCAUCUAAACCCCAGACUUGAAGGAAAUCCCUCAUGUGGACCUUCGUUCAGUAACAAGCUGCUCUGAAACAUCCUCAUUAUUACCUUCAACCAUGUUUGUUUGUUAUUCUGCUCUAUUUGGGCUAUGGCUGCGAGUCUGUCACUUACGCUUAUGUCAUCAACUUGCAUUUAUUGUAUUUAUCAUGAGAUUGCAAAUAUUUAUCAUGGAGGAUUUUUCUUACGAUAUAUUGUGACCGAUAAUUUGUUGCCCAUCCCUAUCCUGUAGUCAAAUAAUCUUGUGCUAUGAUAGUAAUGUCUCCUGAGCGAGAGAGUAUGAGAAACUGACGAUUGCCAAUGUUUCCUUUGUGGUUUUUUAUGUAUGGGAUGGACUGGCUAAUGGAGUCUUGUGUGAUUCCUUGGCAGUUUUUUUUAAAAAUUUUUUUACAGUCACUCAGCUUUAUGCAAACCUAUUAUCCUACACUGUAGCAAUAAAUCAGAUUCUUUAUCAGAUCAUAGCCUAAAAGGCUUAAAAUUCACAUCAAAUUAAAAGGGAUCCAAAAAUUAUUUAAAUGUCACCCUUUGAGCAAAGGUUCAGUGUUUGUUGUUUUUUUUUCUAAUGGAUUGAAAAGUAAGGUUACAACAUACACUACAUUAGCACUGUCUCUACACAGGAAAGAGAGGCUAAAGGCAUGUUCAUGUAGAUAAUUUGGGAGAUUAAAAGAAUACCUUCACCCAGCAACUAUUGUUUCACCUUUCUGACCCAGAGUUAAUUUUAGACUGAAUCCAAAUGAGAAAUGUUGUUGAAGUGGAACUGUACAAGAAUAACAAGCAGAUUGACCACAGGCAAGACUAAACCCUGCUGUGCUAAAUAGUCUUCUGUUUUUUUCACCUAAAACAAAGCAAUUGUUUUGGCCUGUGUAUCAUCAAACUCCAAAUUAGUUUUUUUUUUUUCCUAUGAGCUUGGACAGACUCCUUGGCAUUUAAAUGCAAAAUGAGCCUGAGGAAACACUGACUACAAUCUUGAAGGCAAACAAACAAGGGGAUGGCAUGUAACAGAGAUACUAAGACAUGAUAAACACAGCUUACAUCUAUUGUCAUACAGACUCUGAUCCUUCAUAUGUGAAAUGCAGAGACAUUUCACGGUGUGUAUAUCCACAUAAAUUUAGUAUUAUUCUCUCUAAGUGAAGUCUUUUUUUUCUCGCUCAGGUGUGGAAAGCCCGUUUAAACGGUUAUGAGGAAGCUCUGAAGUUGUUCCAGAGGAUAGAGGAUGAGAAGAGUCCAGAGUGGGGCAAGUACCUGGGACUGAUAAAGAAGUUUGUCACGGACUCAAAUGCUGUGGCUCAGCUUAAAGGCCUGGAGGCUGCCCUGGCUUUCAUCGAGAACGCACAUGUAGCUGGAAAGUGAGUAUGAGUCUGAACGAGAAUUACACCUCGAGCUUAUCCAAAGAGUCUGGAGUUGAUGACCUGAAGCAGCAGACAGUCAAGUGCAGGGACAUGUCGGUUGGUAACAGGAGCAGAUUAUUUGUUUAAAUGCUAAGAGGUGCAGAGGCAUGAAAUGAGUUGGAGAUGAGAUGGGUUUCAAUUAGGGUGGACAACUAAAAUUAAUUAAACUGAUUUAGGAAAACAAGAACAGACAUGCAGUACUGUUCAUUCAUAAAGCAUGAUUGUCAAAGAGAGCAGGGAUGUGGUGAUUGGUAAUUGAUUGGUAUGUGUGAGUGGAUGUUACAGGAAUGUCCUGUGACAACACUGAGAGUAGAUGAAACAGGGCCUGGACAGUUGUUGUGAAGGGAGCAGAGGCUUUUGUUGUUAAGAAACAUGGCCCAGGUGCUCCAACAGAACCACACCCGUCAUUUAAGCACAAGACAAAGGAUUUUCUAUUGUGAUAAUAACUAAUGACAUCAUUGCUGUAAAGGCAGUCAAACUUAAUAUAAUGCAGGGAUAGCAUCUGUUUGAUAAGUCAGGAGUUAAUCUAAAGAAUGUCUUUGAGAACUAGGCUUUCAUAUGAAGUCAAAUUAAAAGUUAUGCAGCGUCAAAAUUACUAAGUUAUAAAUGACAACAGUGUUUUGAUGUCUAGAUAAUGAAACAAUCAUAUUUAAGAAUACUCUUUGGGAACAAAAUGUGAGGAAAGAAUCAGAAAACAGUCAACACUGAGCACAUUGGAGGUGAACAUUCUUAUGUCACUUUUUAUGUCUGAGCUGGUUAGGAAUUGCUUAGGUAUGCCAGUUAAAGUGGACACUGCCUACACACAACUUCACCUAGUUUUCUGGACUAACACACUACCAGUGAUGUAGGGAGUUGUUCCAAUGUUCGCAGUCAUAUUGAAAAUACUGCAAGGAUUUCCAUUGUCUCUUAUAUUUCUAAUUGAACUGAGUUUAGUUCGAAAUGCUGAAAAAAUCUAAACUUUGGAAAAUCUAUCACAUCAAACUUUUUUCUGCUUUGGUGUUGUCAAAGAUUGCUGCAUUUUCAUGGUUUGGUUUGUCAGAAAGAUGACUGCGACAGUGCUGCUUACUGUAGUCCAUUUUACAUUACUACAUCUAUGUAUACUGACCUUUUUAAAAGCCAGAGGAAGUCAUUUGUUUUACGCCUUGUUAUUUCAAGUAUUUUCAUCUAACUAACUGUGUUUCUCCUCUGCUACAGGACCACAGGUGAGGUGGUGUCAGGUGUGGUGACCAAAGUGUUCAAUCAGCCUAAGGCCCGGGCGAAGGAGUUGGGCACAGACAUCUGUCUAAUGUACAUUGAGAUCGAGAAAAAUGAGGUGGUUCAAGAGGAGCUCCUAAAAGGGCUAGAAAACAAGAACCCAAAGAUUGUGGUGGCCUGCUUUGAAGCUCUCCGGAGGGCUCUCAGGUCAGUGCUAUUUUCUUUGAAAAUACAAAGACCAAACCAUCUGGGAUGCUUGUUUCUCCUGUGACACUAACCUUUGAAGUCCUCUUUGCCUUGUCUUCCUCUGUCUCCAGUGAGUUUGGAUCUAAGAUUGUGACAUUAAAGCCUGUCGUGAAGGCUUUACCAAAACAGUUUGAAUCCAGAGAAAAAGCAGUGAGAGAUGAAGCCAAACUUCUGGCUAUAGAGAUCUACAAAUGGAUCAGAGACGCUCUGAGACCUCCACUGCAGAACAUUAACUCUGUCCAGGUAAGAUACAUUUGUUAUUGCACACACGCUCUUCUACCUUGUAAACACACAGCCUUCAGGAUCAAGAUCAACGUCUGUUGUCUCUCCACACAGCUGAAGGAGCUAGAGGAGGAGUGGGUGAAACUGCCCGGAUCACCACCCAAGCAAAGCAGGUUUCUGCGCUCACAGCAGGACCUGAAGGCAAAGUUUGAACAGCAACAAGCCCAGGGAGACCAGUCUGAAGGUGCGCUUCAACAUCAGGUUACCUCUCGUGUGUUCAUGUGGCUCUCAAGGUGUUGAGGUGAUGAGUCAUGAGUUUGUGUCUCUUUCAGGAGAGGAUGAAGUGGAAGCAGUGGCAGCUGUGGAUCCUUAUGAGCUGCUGGAGGCGGUGGAGAUUCUGUCCAAGUUGCCCAAAGACUUCUAUGACAAAAUAGUAGGUUAUACUACGUAACCCAGGCUUAUGCUUGGAACAAAAACAAUAUAUUCAUGAUAUAUUGGUUAUCAACAGUUGUUUUCCAAGCCAGUUUUUCUACAGUGAUUUUGACUCCUAAUUGGAACGCAGAUGUUUUUAACAUAGUCUGUAGAAAAGCCUGAUUUAAAGCAGCAAAGUGAAUUUGAAAUCCUUUAUUUGCAUCUUUGUCAGCCAUCUCUUAAGCUUUAAUAUUCUAUUUACAAAUACAGAUUCACAGUUUUUAGUAAUAGAGAAAUUGAAGUGUCUAAUUUGAAGUAUGUAGAGUAACAUGAGUAAACUCAUUUUUGUUUUUGAAGUGAAAUGAAACUGUCUUGCCAUGCUCAGUGAGAUCAUUCAAAAUCUGUUCUGAAUUAAAUUUAAAAGUUAAGCUGUUGUGAUACAGAGGAUUCUUUGGGAAAACCAGAAGUGAGUUACAAACCUAAACUGAGUCCACAGACUUAAAAUUGAUUUUGCGUGCGGAGAUGGAUAUCAGCGAGUCUGUAACAAGACUCAUAGAGACCUACUUCACAAGUUUACAAAACGACUGAUUAUUACUAAAGAAGCAGUUUUCAUUCUGACGCUGUGACCUACAAAUGGAAACCAAAGCACUUACUAGAAGAUUGACUUUUUCUUAAUAUAUCAGCUGAAAAUUUUUCUCACGGAUUCUCAAACUGAAAAGUAUGUUUGCUGAAGGAACAGUCGGUUAAAAGCAAACAGGAUGAAUCUCUUUAUUGGAGAACACCACACCCAUGCACUCAGGGUAGGGCUGCCAUAAUCAACAUAAUUAUGCAUCACGCCAGCAAAUAUUCUUCCUUAUGUAAAUGUAUUCAUCCAUCAAUAAAGAUCUCAGAGCAAUCAAGCUGUGAUAGGUAAAUAAAAGAUGUACUUUUAUAGGCCAAAACAAGAUAAAAAUAGACAGUUGCACUUUGAAAAUGUUAGGUCAGUGCUUGAAAUUAUACAGACAAGCAUGCUGGAAUGUCACUGUGUGCUAAAAUGAGUAAUCUUAGUUAAUCUUAAUCUUAAAUUAGCAGCAUUAGCAGUACAAUAAUUGAGUUUUUCUGUUUGAUGGAAACCUGCAUGUGUUAAUGUGUAAUCUUGACUUUGCAGGAAGCUAAAAAGUGGCAGGAGAGAAAAGAAGCUCUUGAGGCCGUGGAGGCUCUGAUUAAGAACCCCAAACUGGAGAACGGAGACUAUGGAGACCUCGUCCGUGCACUGAAAAAGGUAAACACUCAAAGUAUUUUUUAAGGGCAUGAUAGAAAUCAGAUAUAGGUUGAAGGGGGCUGUGCUAUUGACAUGGAAGACAAAGAAUUUAAAAUCCAAGAUUUAAAAAUAAUAAUAAUAAACAAAGUUUUGUACUGAAGAUAAAUCUGUGACUCUUAAAUGUUCUAAUUCUGUUUUUAAUUUUUAAGGUUGUGGGCAAAGAUGCCAACGUGAUGCUGGUGACUCUAGCAGCUAAAUGUCUGGCUGGACUGGCCGCAGGUCUCAGGAAGAAGUUUGGACAAUAUGCAGGACAAGUAAGUUGUAGAGAUUUUUUUGCAGCUUGAAAAGGGUGAACUGUGAAUAAUGAGGAUGUUAAUAUCUUUGCUCAAAUGAAAUGCCGGUUACAUGAUAGUACUGACACCAUCUUUCCAAGUCACUUAUUCAAGCUCUGUGUGUGUGUGUAGGUGGUUCCAACUGUUCUGGAGAAGUUCAAGGAGAAGAAGCCUCAGGUUGUCCAGGCCCUGCAGGAGGCUAUGGACGCCAUCUUCCACACUGUAAGUCGAAUCAAAUUCAAAAGUGAGCAGUUCUUUGCAGAUCAAGUGCUCCAGUUUAAAAGAUGGGCACAGAGGCAUGACUAAAAUGGAGAUCCUGACCUUACAUCUAUUCCACAAACUCCCCUCAAAAGUCUGUGUGAAAGAGUUAUAGAUAAAUAUCUGUCUUUGUCUACAUAGACAGGAAAACAAAACGAAAUACAUUCAUCUAUUUUGUCUGGCUGUAGCUUCACUAAAGCCAAACAAGAUAACCCACCUCCUAGUUUUAUUUUGUAUCCACUCAGAGAAAAAUGCCAGUAUAAUAUUGGGGUGUCCCGAUACAACAUUUUUACUUCCGAUACGAUACCAAUAUUGUAGCCUUCAAUAUUGACCGAUACCGAUAUUGAUCCAAUAUUGGCACAAAAUUGUGCAUGACAAGUUUUUCACUCAGCUGCAAUGUCUUUUUUGGACUUAAACAAAAAAUACUGCCACAAGGCCGACAUCACUCCUACUCCUUGCUACUCUUUCAGUACUUUAGUACACACUGUUGUUAUGAUUAUGUGGGCUCUGCAUGCUGGAUCAGGGUGCUGCUAGAUAGAGGUGCUGGAGCGGAGUCUGGAAUCGACUGCUUAUAUUGAAGAUUUUAGAUGCAGGCCGAUAUAAUCCAACAUUUUUUUUUCCCUGAUAUCGGACCGAUAUCAGCAUUGUAUCAGGACAGCCCUAGUAUAAUAAUACUUGCACUGAUGUUAAUGACACUAAGCUGAUUCCAAGUGAAUUUCUGUCUCUAAUGGGGAACUUAUGGAGUCCCUGUUGUCUUUAUAGCUUGAUCAGUUAUUCCACUGUGAACUGGUCAAAGGUUAACACCACUCAGCACUUGUUUCUACCUCCACUCUACAUUCAGGCUCAAGUCAAUUUCCUCGUAUUAGCGAUGCAUCCAGCGAAGUACACACAGUGCAACUGAGACAAAGCCUAGAAUAGAACCUGCAGCUGGCGCCAAGUGCUUGUGAUUACCUGAUCAGUGUUACUGUAAUACACGGGUCCCUACAGGCCAACUUCCCACGGCUUUGGUUCACAACUAUAUUUAUAAGCUUAACGUGAAGGCAACCUUACUUAAACUAAGUAGUUAACAUGCAGCGUUAUUGCCUCUUUUGUAACAGAUGUAAUGGGCACUGAGAGAUGAAGGCUGUUGCUACUUGUGUCUCCCCUAAUGCGCACUUAGUUUUCACUACAGUCGGCCGUUUUUCUAAAUAAGCCCCCCAGUCUGUUUAGCAUGACUCUACUAGGCUGCUCUCCCCUAAUGUAGUCAUUUCUACUGUAUUGACUGGAGUUAUUUAAAGAGCACUGCAUGACUUCCCAGAUAGCCUCUAAUGUCUUUAGAAUUGAUGGAAUUUUGUGUUCUGAAGCUGAUGUAAUAUCUCAGUUAAUAUGAUAUCUUUUUUUUUUUCCAGACCACUCUGCAGAACCUAUCAGAGGAUAUCCUGGGCGUGAUGGACAACAAGAAUCCAUCCAUAAAGCAGCAAGCCUCUCUGUUUCUGGCCCGCUCCUUCAGACAUUGCACGCAGGCCACUCUGCCAAAGAGUGUCCUCAAGCCCUUCUGUGCUGCUCUCAUAAAGGUACACAUGGAGACAUUUCAGUUCCACCAAUCAACCAUCUGAUUAUAUCUGUCACCAUAAAGGUUUAGUUUAUUAACAUAAACAUCUUUUGGAUCAAAUUUAGAACAUGUUUUGUUGAUCACAUAUUUUACUCGAUUGGCUAAGCUACCAUCUGAACUGUCAUUUUUUGUACUUUUCUUUUUAAACCAUCACAGCAAGUGAACGACUCUGCUCCAGAGGUGCGUGAUGCUGCUUUUGAAGCUCUGGGGACGGCCAUGAAAGUCGUGGGAGAGAAAGCUGUCAACCCUUUCCUGACUGACCUUGAUAAACUCAAACAGGACAAGGUGAGGACGAGUAGCGGAGCAAAGGCAGCCGCCAUCUGCUUCAGUUGUAUUAACAUACAGUAAACUGCUGACUGCUUCACUAUGUGUAUGUUUUUUUUUUUUGUAACAGAUUAAAGAGAGUGCUGAUAAAGUGGAGCUUCCUGGAGGAAAGAAGGGUGCAGGUGGAGGCAGCACUGGAGGGGACAAGAAGCCAGCGUCUAAAGCUCCUCCUGCUGCUGAAGCUGCGCCCAAAUCCUCUGGCCCACCCAAGAAGAGCACAACUUCUGCUGCCAGCAAGGUACGCAUGAAGCAAAAUAUUGAUUGAAAGCUGAAAUUAAUAUAAAAUGUUGUUCUUAGAAGAAGAACUCCAUCUCUGACCAAAACAAUCUGUGCAUUUUGAUGAAAGGUUGUUUUCUGUCUAUCCUUAUUUUAGCAUUGUGUUUUGUUUUUGCAGCCGUCUGCAGGUCCAGCUAAAAAAGGCAAACCAGCAUCAGCAGCUGGUGGAAAAGCAAAGAAGGCCUCAGACAACAAAGAAACAGUAGAGAGUGAACUUUCUGUAAGUAUAAUAUUUAAGAUUUUCUUUCUCUCAGCAAAGUCUGUUGAAAACAACUUGUAAGAAGGGAUGUUUCAACAGUCGGUCACUUUUUAAAGGCUUCCCUGACGUGAAAUUAGCCCCAAAGAGAAUAGAGUUCUUAUUGUUAUUACUUGUUGGUGACAUACAUGUUUGGUUUUCUAACACCCAUGUAACCAGUUCCUCAGUGAUAAUCUGAAUAUGUAAAGUGUUAAUGCAGCAGUUACAUGGGUGGAUGGACUAAAAACUACACUAUGUUAACGGACAAGGGCAUGACUUUAGGGUUUAGUGAGGCUGGUAGAGCAAAGUGGUUCCAGUAGUCUGCUUUAAAUCAACUCUUCUGACCCUCAUCAAGAGGUCACAGAUAUCUAAAUCUAGAUCCUUAACAGUUUUUUGCACCUGUGUGUUUUUCAGGUUGAGGUGUGUGAAGAUCUGGCUGCAGGUGUACUUCCUGCCUCUUGUCUACAACAGCUGGACUCGGCUAACUGGAAGGAGAGGCUGGCCAGUAUGGAGGAGUUCCAGAGGGUAAGGUCCUUUUUUACUUUUUAAGAAGUGAAUUAGAAGUCUGGGUGGGUUCAUUGGAUCGUGAUGGUUUACUGUAGACCUGAGAGGUGUGAUAUAUUUUCUUUCAAUCAAGAAGUGAACAAGUUGACAUCAUUUUUCGAUAAUUAGAGAUUUAUUUUAUUUUAUUUUUUUCGAACAUGUGCGUGCAACACAAGAACUGAAAACAAACAAAACCAAUGAGAAUAUUCAAAACAACAAUAACAAUAAUCAAAGAAAAUAAAUAAAUAAUAAUAAUAAUAAUGAUAAUGUGAAAAGGAGUAGGAUGAAGCAUUAUGCUUUUUUUUUUUUUUUUUUACCUACGCCUUCUCUGCUAGAGUAAAUAAGUACGUAAAUCAUUUAUGAAAUGAAUUUGUUCUAGCCUUUCAGACAGAAAUAUUGGUAAUUCCAGUGCAGAUGUGUUGCUUUCUUGUUGUAUGAAAAUAAACCGCGUGUGCUUUUAGAUUUGAUCUAUUGGUGUUAUUCAGAAAGGCUAAAAAGCUGGUUUUGUUUGUGCCUCCAGGCUGUGGAAACCAUGGACAAAACUGCAAUGCCCUGCCAGGCUUUAGUACGGAUGUUGGCCAAGAAACCUGGCUGGAAAGAGACCAACUUCCAGGUAACUGUGCUGCCAUGAAAGCUGGCCUCUAGGAGAAUAUUUGUCCUUUCUGCUUGGUGUAACUUUCCAUUUAUUGUGUUGUCAGGUGAACUCUUGUUCUACUUUAACUGUGGUGAGCCAUUAGGAGUCAUUAAAGGACUGGUUUAUGCUAGUUUUGUGUCUUUUGUCUCUCCCCUCUUGUGCAGGUGAUGCAGAUGAAGCUGCACAUUGUGGCUCUCAUCGCUCAGAGAGGACAGUUUUCAAAGACCUCAGCCUCUGUGGUGUUGGACGGUUUGGUGGACAAGGUCGGGGACGUCAAAUGUGGUGGGAAUGCCAAGGAGGGACUGACUGCUAUUGGAGAGGCCUGCUCUCUGCCCUGGACUGCAGAACAGGUUUGAAACCUUUUCUUUAGAGGAGAGAGGAUCUUUGGUAUUUGUCUCCUGAGGAAAGAUCCAACAGCCAAGAGAGAUCAACAAUACUGUCUUUGAUGAUAAGUACUUACUUUAUUCACAUGGUUUAUUCAACAGGUUGUGUCAAUGGCAUUUGCACAGAAGAACCCGAAAAACCAGGCAGAGACCCUGAACUGGCUGGCUAAUGCAAUGAAGGAGUUUGGCUUUGCUGGGUAAACCUUUUUUGUUUCCCGUUGAAGCUUGAAGUGCUUUUCUUCACUCAUUCUUAAUUUGGCUAUUUUACAUGAUUAUUUGUCUAAGAAUGAGUGUUUAUGUAAUUGUGUUACCAGACUUUUUGAGCUUUCCGUUGACCUCUGACCUUUUCCUGUUGCCAGUAUCAAUGUGAAGGCUUUCAUCAACAAUGUGAAGACCGCUCUGGGUGCCACAAACCCAGCUGUCAGAACCUCAGCCAUCACCCUGCUGGGAGUCAUGUACCUGUACAUGGGAGCCCCUCUGCGCAUGUUCUUUGAAGACGAGAAGCCCGCCCUCCUCGCACAGAUUGACGCAGAGUUCGAGAAGGUACAAAGAGUAACAAAACAGGCUAGAUGCUUCCUAUAUAUUACUUACUGUAUGUUGAAUGUUAUUUUGUCAAAGUCAUAAGGAAUAACCAAAUGACAAGAGACUCCAGUCAAACUUAAGAGUAGGACUGAGCGAUUAUAUGAUUGUGAUUAAUGAUUCUGUAAGUUGCUGGAGAAGUAAACAGGGGAAGUAAACAAUUAAUAAAAUGUUGAACUAAUCUCUAGUUUCUUUAGUUUUUCGUACAGAUGCUUUGAAACUGGGGAUUUAAAAAAAAAAAGAUUGGACAAAAUAUAUUGUGAUCAAUUUUUUUGCCAAAUCACCCAGUCCUACUUAAGAGCCUCUCACUAUCAGACCGUUCAGACCUCAUUGUCAGUAAAUGAUGUGGAAAAAAGAACUUGUAUUUUUUGCCCCCACAGAUGCAGGGACAGUCUCCACCUGCUCCAACCAGGUUCAACAAGAAAGCAGCAGCAGAUGAUGGCGGUGAUGAAGGAGAGGAGCAGGAUGAGGAUGGAGGAGGAGGAGGACAAGACAUCAUGGACUUGCUGCCCAGAACAGAUAUCAGGUAACAAACGGACAGCGUGGGAUGCAGGCUCUGAGUCAACCUGCACUAAUACAGAAAUAAAAACAAUCACCUCAAAGCCCUCUAUUUGAGACUCAACACAAGUGAUCAACAAAUUUUUCAUCUUGAUUUCUUACUGAUUUAGAAAGCUGCACUCCCAAGUUUCCUCUGACCAUUAGAUGACUCACAUGCUCAUGACAUAUCACAAUUCAAAUCCUCAAAAUGUUGGCGUGUUUUCUGUCAACUGCUUGUGUACUUUGUUGAACAUGUCUGAAAUAAAGACUCUUUGCUUUUAGGUGCAAGAAAAGAAAGACAUUGUUUGCUGCUUAUUACUCAAAGAGUCUGUUAAAAUAUUGCACAUUUCAUAUCAAUAAGUGAUUGAAACUCCACAAUAUGACAUUAACCAAGUUUGAGGCUAUAUGUCCAAAUCAUUAAAUGCACUUAAAAUCAUUUAUUUCUCUUACAUUUGACUGUUAAAAGUGGCUUAACAUGACUCGGUGAAGUCAUUGAUCUGUAUCGUGUCCUUCCUCAUCACACUCCUCUUUCCCGGUUUCAGUGACAAGAUAACAUCUGACCUGGUGUCUAAAAUUGAGGACAAGAACUGGAAGAUCAGGAAGGAGGGUCUUGAUGAGACUGCAGCCAUCAUCUCUGAGGCCAAGUUCAUCACAGCCAACAUUGGAGAGCUACCACUCGCUCUGAAGGCUCGCCUGAACGACUCCAACAAGAUUCUGGUAAGUCAGGAAAAAAAACAGAAGUUUUCGUUCCCAAAGGCCGGUGACCUUGUUUGGCAAGAAACAUUAAAAAGUUAUCAGUUGGCCUUAAUUCCAACUAUUGUGUUUAUUUGAUUUCACUGAGAAUUUUUGCUUUCCCAGUAUUUUUUUUACAGUCACAUUAGCAAUCUGGUUUUAAAGUAAUUUACUGCACACCGUAGAAGAACAGCAAGUUUGUCUGCAGUUUUUGUUCAAAUAUUAUGAUUAAACUCGUGACCCUGAGAACACUAUAAUGCACCACAUCUGUCACAAAGACAUUAAUGCGGCUUUAAUAGAUGUACAUUUUCAAUGUCGUUUCUGUAAUUGGUGUAACAUUUGUGUUUGUGCUGUUCAGGUUCAGCAGACGCUAACUAUCCUGCAGCAGCUGGCCACAGCCAUGGGGCCUGGACUCAAGCAGCAUGUCAAAGCUCUGGGGAUUCCUGUGAUCACUGUUCUGGGAGACAGCAAGGUACUGGGCACAUACACAAACAUAAACACUAAUGGUACUGUUCUUGUCAUGGUGACUUUGUUAAUAAAGGCAAAUAAAAUCCUGUUUCAUAUUCUUAGUCACAGCACAGACUUAAUUUUAGCUUUGUUUAAUUUAACCUUAAAUGCUAUACUAUAGGAGAGAUGCAGUGUGUGAGAACAGCAUACCAUUAGAAAGCCUAAAAGAUGCACUUUUAAAAAAUAUCUCCAGUGUGAAGAGAGAGGCAGAAUGCUUCACACCAGACAUGAGAAACAAUGAGAUGGAAUCUGCUUUAGCCUUGUAUCACUGGUAGACUUUUCUUUUGCUCUCUUGCAGUCAAAUGUACGAGCCGCUGCCAUGGCAACUCUGCAGGCCUGGGUGGAGCAGACUGGAAUGAAAGACUGGCUGGAAGGAGAGGACUUUUCAGAAGAGCUGAAGAGAGAGAACCCUUUCCUGCGACAAGAGGUACACACAAACAUGAAGUCUUCACUGAUUCGCUUCAGGAUGAUAGUGCCAAAUGAAAUCUUAGAGCACGUGCUGCAGAUCAGAGAGUGAUAAUCAGCCAUAAACUUUUUUUUUUGUCCUCACUCAGCUGCUCGGCUGGUUAGCAGAGAAGCUUCCCACUUUGAGGAGCGUACCAGCAGAUCUGAUGCUGUGUAUCCCUCAGCUGUACAACUGCCUGGAGGACAGAAACGGAGACGUGAGGAAGAAAGCACAGGAUGCUCUGCCCACCUUCAUGAUGCACCUGGGCUACGACAAGAUGAACAAAGCUACAGGGAAACUCAAAGUACUAAACCAAUACACUUGGAGAAUAACACAUAACCAGCUAAAGUUAUCUCUCUUCAGAGGUGUUUACAGUCUCUUUCCUUUCGUCUCUGCAGCCGGCCUCAAAGGAUCAGGUGAUGGGCAUGUUGGAAAAGGCCCGGGCAGUGAUGCCGGCUAAACCCGCAGCUCCUGCCAGAGCUGGAGGGGGGAAAAGCUCUGGAGAGCCGAGAGCAUCUUCAGGUCUGUAUGAGAUCAAAGUGAAGAAAUUAAGUCUUUUUGCCACCACAGAUUCUUGGUCUCUGGAUCACUUAGUGACAUAAACUAUAUUUGCAGUCUGAUAGCUGAUGGAUUUCUUUUACUACUAAUUUUGUAAAGUAACUUAACCCCUAGUUUCUGUUAAUUUUGAGCUCUAUCCAGCCUAAUUUGUCCCCAAAACGGACAUGCAGAAAAGCGUUCCUAAAUUAAGCAUUUUUUUUACAUUUUCUUUUUACUUUUCUGCCUCUUAUCUCUUUAACAACUACUGCCCUGAUCAUUUAAAAAAUAAUGAAUAAAAAAUUCGGUGUAUUACCCUUUUUAUGUCAGUUAUUGUGUACUAUGUCACUGUUAUUUUUAAUGGUAAAAAACACGAAAUCGCCAUAUUUCCUAUAUAAAAUGACCGAGAUGAAACUUUGGAUGGAAUCGAUGGAGCUAAAAUGCGGCGACAGAGUACUGCAGGCGACACAUUUAGUUUUUUUAAUAUGAAGAAAAAUAAGAACUAACCAAAUUUGAUGCCCCAAUCUUUAAAAAUGUGACUUCAUAAAGAUGGGGAAAAAAAAGACAAAUGUCCGCAAAAUGGACAUAGUAGGAACCAAGGGUUAAUGUCCAGUCAUGUGUGAUUUCUAAUCUGUAUGAGUAGAUCGAAAAGUUGAUGUAAGAUUUUAUUUGUGAACUUAAGCAGUUUUUGAUCUAUGUUUCUAUAUUACAGCCACCAGGUCUCAGCCUGCUGCUGACGAUCUCGACAGUAAACCUGAGGCAAAGAAAGUCAGAGGAGGAGCGGCUGCUAAAAAGGUACUUCUGACUGGGUCAACACUCAUUUUUGGUUUUCAUUGUGUUCAACAAAAACAGACACACUUUUUUGAUUUAUUUCUCAGAAAACAAUCCAAGUCAAAGUCCUGUUUUCUCUUACCAAGGCCUUACUUGUAUUUUGAAGGAGGUCUUAAUGACUUUUGCGCAAAGAGCUCAGAAACACAGCUGUAAUGGCUCUAAUAGAAGUCCUCUAAACCUCAAAAUAUGUAUAAAGAGGCUCUGGGUUAAAUCAAAUUGAAAUUCUCCUUCUCCAGUGUUUCUCUUCACCUGUUUUCCAUUUGUACUUGAGUUGUACGUCUUGUUUUUUGUCAUUAAAAUCAGGUUUUCUCACUCAUUUCAUGACCAUAAGGUGUAAACAUAAUGUGGUCUUUUUACUCACUCAGCCGCCCUCCUCUCCUGAGGAACCUGCCCCUCCCCCUCCCUCCAAGGACAAGGACAGUAAUGGUAGUAAAAAGCCACCUGGUAAAGGGAAGGCUGCGGCUGGCAGUCAACAGGUAGAUGUAAGGCAGGGGUCCUUGUGCUGAAACUCAGGCCAGAGUGUCUUUUCCUCUCCAUCUGCAGUGUGCAGCAGAUGUGGGCAGAGUUUCUCAGCGGACACUCGUGCUCUCGCCUCUCUGCCUCUGCGUGGUCCGGUCUUGGUUCAGUCUGAUCCUCUCUCAUUCUCUAAAUCACUAAUACUGAAUAUGCAACUGUAACACCAAACGCACAGUGCUUGUGAGGUGAAACAAUAACCGAGGGCUUCUGUUUCUUACUUUUAACACGUGACUUAGAUGGGCUUUAUGUGCAUGAGAUGACACCUGUCACUUGGGGGUUUCUGCUCAGGUGUGUGUGUGUUUGGGGGGGUUUGUUUCAUGGUUUCAGAUAAUAUCACAACAUCUCCAUAUUUCUGCCUUGUGUUUGUGCAAUAACAUGAAGUUAUUUCCAGUCUUUGUCUUCUGUUAAUACUCUCACAGCCUCUGACAUGUGAACACACAAACACAUCAUAUUACAUGACGUUACUCACUUUCACUAGUACAGAUCCAAAGACGGAGCUUUUCUUUCCUUCUCUCUUUAACUCUAAUAUUGCCUCCCUCUUCUCAGGGUGCAGCUGGCAAGAAGCCUGCAGCCAAAAGCGCGAAAGAUGAUGAAGACAGGUCUGGGCCUAUCUUCGUCCUUGUCCCGAAUGCAAAGGAGCAGAGAAUCAAAGAGGAGAAGCAGCUGAAGGUACCUGGCUGGCUGAGUAACAUGUUUACGUGUGAAAUGGACAAUAAGGGAAUCAAACACAGUUGAGGCUGUGUCAAGAUGUGCAAGAUAUAGAUUAAAGCUCCAGUGAGGAAUUUGUUAGCUGGUUAUGAAACCAACUAAUCUUAAUACUGAUGAGGAGAUGAGUGACUAUUUUUGUACGGAGAUUUUUAAUACCUGGAACUGCUGUAAGUAUCAGAGAGGCCAUUACCUGCCAAGACACUCUCAGUGUCAACUUUUUCCACAGUAUAGAAACAUUUCCUACUCAUGUUAAAGGACUAUUCUGUAAAUGUUUGUGCUGUGUUAGCUGGAUUUUUGUUCAAUCAGUUAAUCAAAACUUAAUUUUUAGAGCACCAUUCCUGCAUAGACAUACAACACAAAGUGCUUUUCACACAUAAAAAAAGGAAAAAAAAAAGAAACAGAAAAAUAAUUACAAAUAAAUCCCCUCCAUACUACACACACACACCCACGCACCUGCACACUGUCACUACAGACAAUAGGAAGACAUGGCAUGACACUGAGGAUUGAGGAAGCACCUUUUUUGGGGUCAUCCACACUGGGAGGAGUCGCAGGCUAUGCCACCAGGGGCACCAGCGCCCAGGCUCCCCGACCCCGACAGACAACAGCCAGCCGGGACUGGAGUUAAAACUGAAAACUAAAAGAAUAACAUAGGAUUUAAAAAUAAUGAAACUAAUAAUAUUACAAAAUCAAUUUCAACAUGUCUCUGUUGCAGAUUUUGAAGUGGAACUUCAUCACUCCUCGAGACGAGUACGUCGAGCAGCUGAAAACUCAGAUGUCCACCUGCUUUGCCAAGUGGUUGCAGGACGAGCUCUUCCACUUUGACUUCCAGAGACACGUCAAGGCCAUCGGUGUCAUGAUCGAGGUAGUGUCUGUCUAGUGUCUAGUCCCAUUUAAACAUAGAGGAAGCUGUGUAUUAGUAGUUGGCUAUUUUUAGCGAUUUAACCCGUACUUCUGCUCUGAAUUCGUCAGAGGCUGGAGAGUGAGAGCGACAACACCAUAAGCUGUCUGGACCUGAUCCUAAAGUGGUUCACCUUGCGCUUCUUUGACACCAACACCACAGUCCUGAUGAAGGUGUUGGAGUAUUUGAAGCUGCUGUUUGCCAUGCUGAACACAGAGAAUUAUCACCUGACUGAGUAUGAGGCCAACUCCUUCAUCCCUUACCUUAUACUCAAGGUGAGCACAUGUCAAAGUAGGGAUGAGAUCAAAUCAAAGCCCCUCAAAAGCUUUGUGGCUCAGUUUCCCUUUCUGUCUACUUCAGGUUGGAGAGUCAAAGGAUGUGGUCCGUAAAGAUGUGCGGGCAAUUCUGACGAUGCUGUGUAAGGUUUAUCCUGCAUCUAAGGUCUUCCCUUUCCUGAUGGAUGGCACCAAGUCUAAGAACUCCAAACAGAGAGCUGGUAGGUCUCCACAGAAAGCAGACAAUCAGCUAUUAUUAGUUUAUAAGAAACGAAAGGACAUCCUGGCUGUCUCCGCCAACAAACAAGCAAACCAGUUCCCUCUUGUCUGACUCUGUUUUUGUGGGUUUCUUCCCCGUCUCCAGAAUGUCUGGAGGAGUUGGGUUGUUUGAUCGAGGGCUAUGGAAUGAAUGUAUGUCAACCCACUCCUGCAAAGUCUCUGAAGGAGAUCGCAGUCCACAUCGGUGACCGGGACACAUCAGUCCGCAAUGCUGCUCUGAACACAGUGGUGGCUGUCUACAAUGUCUGCGGGGAACAAGUCUACAAACUCAUCGGAAAUGUAAGAUGGAGUUGAUGAUGCCUUAGAUAUAAAAGCACCAAAACCUGCUCGUGUACAGGUUUGGUUUAUUCUGCCCUCUCUCCUUUUUUUCAGUUGUCAGAGAAGGACAUGAGCAUGUUGGAGGAGAGGAUCAAGAGGUCGGCCAAGAAAACUCCUGCAGCUCCUGCAAAGCAGACGGCUACAGAGAGGUCUCAGAGGGAGCAUCCAACCAACCCCAAUGCCACCUUCCUCCGAAAGCCUGCACAGGAAGACCCCAACAAACUCAAGUAGGUCACCUCUUGUUUUGGGCUGAAUGAACACGAAUGAAACCAGACCAAAACACCGAGCACAAACAUUAGUGAUGGUAUGAAAUAUGUUAAUUUCUCAGUAGACUGAGAUGCUUUCAGGGAAAAAAGGUGCUUUAACAUGAUAUUGUUAUAAGACAAACGUUGAUUUGUGCUGGGAUCACCAAUUGUUUUUUGACACGACAUAAAACUUAACACCUUCCCCUCAUCUCCUUCAACUUUCACUCUUCUAAAGACAAACAUGCCUGUUAUUUUAAAAGAGAGAUCCACACCUUAGUCCUGUAAAUGGACACAAAAGUUCUUGACACCCAACUUUUCCAGCUGUUUUUCAUGCAUGCGUUGUGUUCCUCCAACCAUCCACCUGGUAGCUCUGUCAGAUCCAUAACUGAACUCCUGAUUGUAGUUUGAUUCAUGCCAUAAAUCUUUUGAAUGUUUGUCCUCUGCUCGAAACUAAUCUGUCCUACUCUUUCUUUUCAUCCUGUUUUUUUUUUUUCGAAGUCACUGCAUGUCUGGUUGCUCUCACAGACACUUCCAUCCAACUUUCUCUUUUGUGUCUGCGAUACCAACCUGAGUGUGUUUGCGUCUUUAGCUGCCUGUCUGUCUCUUAACCCUUCAUCUCUCUUCCUGUGUGAUUUCCUCCUUUUUCUGCUCUGCCUGCCUCCCGUUCUGGAGCAGAAUAAUGUAUCGCACGUAUAGGAUGUAAGUACCUCCUCCUCCUCCUCGUCCCUUCUCUCGUCAUGCUGUCAUUGUAAGGACUCCAUCUAACUGCAGUCGUUACCGAUCGUUCAUGAAACUAAUGAACAGACAGUUUUCUCUGACGUUUGAGUUGAGGUCGUUGUGCUUCUUCACAUUGUUGGGAAAGCACAGACUCCUGCUCAAAAUGUCUUGUGGUCACUCUGAAUAUUGUUUGUUUCUUCCCGCAUAAACCCCCUUUGUCUUACUUGUGCUGUAUGUUUCUGUUUACUGAGCCAAAAAAGAUAUCUGUGAAUACAUUAUAUUCAAAUACACAAGAAAUUGUUAAACAUCAGCAUCUUAACUCCUGAAAAAAAACUGUCAACCAUGGCCACACAUCAGGGUUUAUCAUCGUCUGUUUACCUAAAACCUGAGCUAACUAUUUCAACACAACCAUCAGUUUUCAAAUAUUAGCAUAGGGUGUGUGGGAUAUGUCCUCCAAGAUAAUAUUUGUAUCUUUUUGUUAAUGUGUGAAUCAGAAAACAUUCAAAACACACCUUCAGAGAUUAUACACUUAACUGAAUAUGGUCAAGCCUAACGAGACAAACUCCUGCGCAGGUUCACACAUCAAAACAAAUAAAGGCCAUCAAUGCUGCCUGCAUGGCAGAGUUUUGAAAUGAGUGAACAAAUGGCACCAGAAGGCCAAACACUUCACACCACCAGCCUAGAAAUCAACAUUGUUACAUUGGAUCCUCUUCAUUUGAAUGUUUGCCUCGAAAAGUAGACUGUAUCGAGUAUGGACACCGUCUGCCUCUUCACUGGGUGAAGUCACCCCGAGAACAGCACCCUCUGGUCACGGGCUGCAGUACAGGUCAUAAAUCCCGCCUCCUUCAGCUAAGUUUAUGGAGCUGUGAACAAAGUUUAGAAAUUUAUGACACAGAAUAUACAUUUUUCUCCCCCCUGCUUGAGAUGUUGACAUGUACUUAUUGUAAGACUGGUUUGUGCACAAGUCCUCUUUCUUCUGUACAGCUCCAUUAUUAAAAGUUAUUUGGGGGUUCAUAUUUUCUAUGAUUGACACUUGAUACAGCCUAUGGGCGUACAAAGAUUGUGUAGGUCAUCCAGGGGAUACACUGUUUGAGCCGAGCGUCAUCACAGCGACUCUCGGUGACUUUCCCGCCAAAUGCGUACAGCACUACUGCACGAAAAAUCACGGAAAUACGAGAGCUUUUCGGCUUCAAAUCCGUAUACUGGUGGAACCAAGUUGUCCAUAGUAUAUAUAGUCUAUGCUUUGAAGUGCAUAUUGCCAAUAGAUGGCAAUAUGCAGGUCAUGUUCCAGUAAAAGACAACUCAACAGCUACCUGUACCCAAAUUAACCACUCCAUUUGAAUACUGUAGUGUAAAAGGUUCCAGGCUGACCAUAAACACAAUAGAGCAGGUACUGGGACCUGUGUGGUAUAUAUCUAAAUGACCCUUUUUUUUAAAGUCUGUUAAUAAGAACAUUUUAAAGCUGAAUUACUAAAAUCAGUAUUGAUACCUUUUUUAUGAAAAACAAACAGAGACAAGACUGAUUAUUUUAACAAUGAUUUCAACUAAUGCCUGAAAUCCAUGAAAAAGGGGAGGUGUCAGCGAAGCAGCUGAAGAAAUAGCCCAGUUUUUACAUUUUCACUUGAAAUAUUCACAAUAAAUCCUAAAUUUGACUGUCAAAAAUCAGAUUUUGUUUUUCCAGAGAACAUUACUUAAGCAUGUAGGGCAAAGUAAACAAAGAGGAUGUGAAAAUUGACAACAACUUAAAGUUCCUCAUGGGGAGCUUUAAAUAAGAGUAGCAGGUAUAGUACACAGAUACAUAACCUUUUUGGUUUUGUGCAUUUUCUUUUGAGGUUGGCUACUUUAUUUUUUUUAGUUUUCAGCAAAAUCCCCCCAAAUAUUGAGGUUUCUCCUUUUUCCAAUGCCACACACCUCUAACUUUACUGAACAUUUAAAAAUGAGCGGUUAUGUGGGCGGUUUAAAAAAGCACUAUGAGUGCUUGAAAUUAGUGGAGUAACAGACUUCAGAUAAUAACAGUGCCUCUUAAUAGAUUAUCUAUUCACAACCCAGCUUUUCUUCCUAAAAACCUCCCUGAAAAUAAAAUACCAGAACAGCUGCGGUUUGUAGUUUUUCAGUUUGCAUUAUUUCAAUCAUCGGUUAUGGACAGUUGACAAAUCUACCCUCACUCUCUUGGUUGUGUGAUUGUGUGUUUAUUGCAAUUAGACUCUGGUGAAUUGCAAACAUAGACACACAGAGUGUGAGAGAUGUUCUGUGGUAAUUUGUUCCUCAUGUGGUCCCUCCUAUUUAAUCUAAGCAUACUUAUCCAAAAGAGGUCAUGUAAACUUAAACAUGUCGUGUUCUUGAAUAUGAAAACUGUUGCUCUGUAGUUUUUCACCUUUUCUCCCCUCCUAUGUGAAGGAGACAAAUGUUAAUAAUAGAUCAGUGCUGAUCAGCUCCUGUCCUGGCAGUCCCAACUAUAAGAGAGAAAAUUUAUGCUUGAAAACUCUGGUAUUUAAUUUGCUGAAUGGUUUUUGUUGGUUCUGGAGGAUAAAACGCCUUAACCCAUCUUAUUCAAAUAUCCAAAAAUCCAUUUAUUUUGGAAAUGGUUAUAGAUUCAAUAAAGUUGAAUAAUAGUUUUUUUUUACAGCUAGAAAGCAUGGCCACAUUUUUUUUCUAUUUCUUCAUUGAACAGUUUUAACUUGAUGAACAUUGACAGUGGGAUGUCAAACUAUUUUAUCCUCUGAACACAGUCUCUUCAACCUGAAAAAUGAUGGAAGCAUGUGGACGAAUCAACUCUUCCUCAAACUUCAAAUAAGUAAAAGCUUGUCAGGACUGGAGUUCAAAGGCACUGAUCCAUGAUACAAUGGAUUAAAUUCCUCUCCUCUCCUGUCCCCUUCAUUCAGCCAAGCCCGCCAGAACGCCCAUCACAGCGAGUCCUCCCAUCCAUCCAUCCCCAAGGAGUUCCAGUUGGACCUGGACAUGAUCGAGAUGGACCAGAGCAGAGUGUGUGAGCUGCCGGACCUCGUUCAACACAAGCUGGACGAGCUGCUGGAGCCAAUCAUGAUCCCUGAACCCAAGUAAAUACAAAGACCGAAAAACUACAUAUUAAGUUGGAGUGCUGGUUUCUCCCGUCGACACAAACACACCCACACCUGAAGUCUUAGAGAGAGAAAAAGAGAGAAAUUCAUUUUGAGUUUUUUUUCACAGGAUGCGGUCUGUUUCUCCACACUUUGAAGACCUCCACAACAGCACAGCCUCUACUAUCAACUUUGUCAUCUCUCAGGUGGCGAGUGGUGACAUCAACACAAGCAUACAGGCGCUGGCACAGGUUUGCAUAUAUACUCUUAGUUUAUACUCUAGCCUUUAAUUACAAAGUGUUUUUGAUUGCAACGUAACAGAUUUUUACUGGUGGGGGUUAAGACUUGCGUGUAUUUUCCCCCCUGCAGAUUGACGAGGUGUUGCGACAGGAGGACAAAGCAGAAGUCAUGUCAGGGCACAUUGAUCAAUUCCUCAUCGCCACUUUCAUGCAGCUGAGGCUCAUCUACAGCACACACAUGGCUGAUGACCGACUGGACAAGAAAGAUAUCACCAAACUGUACAGCUGCAUCAUUGGAAACAUGCUCUCUGUGAGUGGAAUCAAUCUGUGUGGUUCAUGACAAAACACCAGGAUGAGAGGCCAAGUACAUUUACAUGAACUCCCUUGUUUGUUUUUUUUUCUAUCUCUCAGCUGUUCUCGAUGGAGUCACUGGCCAGAGAGGCAUCCAUGGGUGUGCUGAAGGACCUGAUGCACGGCCUGAUCACACUCAUGUUGGACGGCAGAGUGGAGGACAUAGAAGAUGGACAGCAGCUCAUCAGAUCAGUCAACCUGCUGGUCAUCAGAGUCCUGGAGAAGUCUGACCAGACGAACAUGUUCAGGUUAGACAACAACACCUCCACCCUACUGGGCAGCAACAUGUUUGUUUUGUCGUCUUUGAGUGAGUCAUAGGUUUACGUAGAAAUGUCUGUGUAUGUGUUUUUUUAAACAAUACAUUAAAUAAUAACCUGUCUUACUCUUCCUUGCAGCGCUCUGCUGGUUUUGCUCCAGGACAGUCUAGUCACGACAGCUGGUCCCCCCAUGUUCUCAGACCUUGUCAUGAAGGUAAGAAGUGUAAUGGUAGCAGCCAGAGUACCUGACACAGAUUUAACUAUGAGCUGUCUGUGAGCUCAUGAGUGUACGUGCGCAUCUGUGUGUGUGUGUUUCUUAGUGUUUGUGGAGGAUGAUCCGCUAUCUCCCAGAUACCAUCAACAGCAUCAACCUGGACCGGAUCUUACUGGACGUCCACAACUUCAUGAAGGUUUUCCCCAAAGAGAAACUCAAGCAGCUGAAGAGUGAUGUCCCACACAGAACCCUCAAAACCCUGUUACACACACUCUGCAAGCUCACAGGGGCCAAGGUAACACACACACACACCCACAAUGCCAUGACCACAUUCUGAGCAGCGUUUGGGCUCUUUAGCAUCAAAUAUGUACCUUGGUUUCUUCAGCUUUAACACGUUAAAUAUUUGUGGUACAUUGAUGAACAGAUCCUGGACCACCUCUCAAUGAUAGAGAAUCGUAACGAGUCAGAGCUGGAGGCUCAUCUGAGGCGGGUGGUCAAACCCUCUGGAAACCUGUCGGGGCACAAGAGUGACCGUGGAAAUGAGAAGGGUGGUCUGCGCACGGUGAGCUACACAAAUCAAAUACACAACAACAAACUCGGGUCGCUUCUCUCUGAAGAGUAUUUGUGCAGUUACAGAAAAGGGGAAUUCCAGUUUCCCCCAACCUGGGCCAACCUUAACACUUAUUUAUUUUAUUUAUCCGGCUGUAAUCUGGAGAGCUAAUUUGUCUAACAGGGUUCCUACAUAAAUAUAAAAAGUAUGGAAAUAAAUUUGAUCAAUUUCCAGGUUGUAAAAAGUAUCGAAAAUGAAAAAUAAAGUAUGAAAGUGUGGAAAAAUAUUUAUGUUUCCAGACUAUAAGAGAUACUCCUUUUUAUUAGUCUCACAAGGGGAAACAGUCCUUAAAUACUAUUUUUUGAAACAGAGAAGUAGGUAUUUCCAAAAAUAAUUCUAAAAGGUAGGGUAUGGAAAAGUAUGGAAAUUCCAACUGUGUAGGAACCUUGGUCUAACCCAAUGGUUCUCAAUCCAGUCCUCGAGCCCCCCCUGUCCUGCAUGUUUUGGAUGUUUCCCUGCUCCAACACACCUGAUUCAAAUGAUCAGCUCGUUAUUAAGCCAUUACAGAGCUUAAUAACGAGCUGAUCAUUUGAAUCAGGUGUGUUGGAGCAGGGAAACAUCAAAAACAUGCAGGACAGUGGGCCUCGAGGACUAGACUUGAGAACCACUGGUCUAACCGAACAACAUCAACGCAAUGUGCUUUUUUUCACCACUGACUGUCUGCUUAUAUCAUAGGAUCCCUAUAGAGAUAUCUUAGUUGAAGGACAAAUCCUGGUUGUAUUUGUAGAUGGGGGGGCCAGUCUAAAUGACCUCAAGAUUUUUAAUCAUUUUGAUGAUGGAUCUAACUUGAAUUAUUCCUCCGCUUUGUCUCCAGGAUGAUCGUAUGUCGAAGGCAAAGGUCAGUGACAUUCUGUCUGAAAUCUUUAAGAAGAUCGGCUCCAAGGAGAACACCAAAGAGGUCAGCUCCACACUGCCGUUUUUCACAAGCUGAAAUCAUGAUGACUUUUAGACUUGAUAAGCAAAACAAUAGGAGAGAUCAAGCCAUGAAACAGCAACAGUUAAAUAAUGUGCCUGGUCUUUUUUUUCAGGGCCUGACGGAGCUGUAUGAAUACAAACAGAAGUACUCUGACGCCGACCUGGAGCCCUUCCUCAAAAACACCUCACAGUUCUUCCAGAGCUACGUGGAACGAGGCCUCCGCAUGAUCGAGUCCGAGAGAGAGGGCAAGAGCCGCAUCCAGACCUCAGCUGGUAAAACGGAGCUCUAACUGUGUCCCUUCAUUCAGAGUGGAGGCAGGAGUCUUUGAUAACACAGCUGUAUUUGUGUGUCUUUUUGUAUCUGCAGUGAUUCCUCAGCACGGUGUGGACUCCACUCUGAGCGGGAACAAUGAAGAGCUGAAACCAGCGGUUUACUACGAGAGACUCAAGAUCCUCAGACAGAGACAAGGCCUGGAAAACAAUGCAAGGGUGAGUCCUCACAUACACACACAUCUUUACACACAUUUACUCGCUUACAGCCUUCGCAUCAGAUUAGUGGAAAAGAGAAAAAAUCCUGAUAUACUUUUGAAACUUUGUCAACUUCGAAGCAAUGUUUAGACCAGAGAUGGGCACAAUUAGCUGACUUAACAAAAUGUCAUUACCCUUACUACACAGCACCAGAACGACAAGCCAGGGGAACAUAACAUAAUUUCUAAUUAUUCCAAUGAUGAGAGAGGCAAAAAAGCCACGAUGGGUUUAUUUGAAGCCCUCACCUUAUGAUAGCCGAAUAUUGAUAUUACAAUUAAUGUACAAAAGCACAAGAUAACAUAAAAAAUUAAAAAGAUACGAAUGACUGACAACAAUAAUAUAGAAAAAAAAAACAGAAAAGAUAAGAUUGUGUGUGUAUGCGCGCGCAUGUGUCCAUUAGUGACUCAUGAGCAACAAUAAUAAUAAUAAUGACAAAAAUAAGUAUUAAAAUAUAUAAUCCUCAAUGAACAGUAAGACAAAUACCUACAUAGACAAUACAUUACAAAACAGAAGUUAAAUGAUCUUUUAAACAUUUUUUAAAACAUUUCAUAGAAGAACAAUUUUUGCUAAAUGGAAGAAACUGUUCCAUAACUUAGUACCUCUAAAUCUAAUUGUGAAUUGACCUCUGGUAUUGAGGAGUUUAGGGAAAUGAAGAUUUGCAGGGUGGUGGAAUAUUUCCUUCAUUUGAAAGAAAAAGACAUAUUUGAAAACUAUUACUGUCAUAAAUACUUAGGAUCUGAAGUCUCUGAUAUAAAGAAGCAGAUGAAAUGUGUGACUCUGAUCGAGUAGCAAUCCUAGCAAAGCGUUUCUGGAGGACCAAAGUUUUGUGAAGAGUGGACGGAAAUGUGCUUCACCUGACGCAUCCCCUUUCUCUCCCCCUUAUUCCUCCUCUCCGCCUGCAGCAGGGCGUCGUAGGAGGCGAGGACGAGCCUCAGCACAGGCCUCCCAUCUCCUCCCUGCUCUCCUCCAAGCCGUCGGUGGCCUCCUCCACCGACAUGCUCCACAGUAAGCUGUCUCAGCUCAAAGAGUCCCGAGAGCUGUACCAGCAGGAACACAACGCUCACUCGCAAUCCCCGACGCAUGGACACACGCGCUCCGCCUCGCCCGCAGCCAACCUGGACGACCUGAAGAAACGUCUGGAGAGAAUAAAGAGCAAGCGGCAGUGAGGAGCGCUGCAUCACCACUUCAUCUCAUCUGCAAAAAUGCCUGUGGAGUUCAGCUGGUAGAACAUCCAUCGUCCUUUUCGACUCCCUCAAUGUCCAUUUUCAUGGUCUAAUGUUAGAUGGAGGUAGAAAGCACUUAGACACCACACAUCUGUUUCAAAAAAACAGGUAGCAACUUACCAAACACGCCCUUGAGUUUGAACCUGACUCCACCCACUGUGCCUGUACGUUAUUAGAAAUCAAACGCACCCUAAUCUGAUUGUAUAGUUGAGUACAUUCAGAUUGAACUGAGGCUGUGACUGGGAUUUUUAGCACACACACACUACACAUACACACACACAGCAGGACCCAAUUUUAGUGAAUAUUCAGACUUCACACAUAAUGUUUGUUGGUUUGUUUGUGUCAACCAUCAGAAGAGGUGAAUUCAGAGUGAGUCGUGAUGUGUGUCAACAGUAGUUUUCAGUCUGUACAGUUUCAUCACCACACCACGUUCCAGCCUCCACCUUCACUGUAAUAUAAUGACAUCAUAGUGAACCCACCCCCUUCUUCCUCCUCAUGUCUGGCCUGGUAUCAGCACACACACACACAAAAAAGUUUGUACAUACUUAAAGGCUGUUAACCACUUAACUGUUAUGAAGAGCUUCUCGUGGUUUCAGAAAAGAAGAAAACCACUGACAGGUCAUUCGUUCCUGUUAAGCCACGAUGUACCAUGUCACUGCUGCUGCUGUGUUUGGAAGGAGAAACACUGCUGUAAAUAGCUGAGGUAGCUGUGUAAAUGCAGAUUGACUGCCCCCUUGUGGUUGGAGCUAGUAUCAGUGACUGCUGCUUGAGUCCUGUUUGUGACGGGGUUGGCUUUAUUUAUAUCAGUUAAGUAACAAAUGGCUGUGUUUUGGUGCACUGUCUCAGAAUACCACCAUGCAAGCAGGACUCAGAGCUCCGGGUUGCUUGGAUAUACAAAGUGUCUGUUUUCUGUCAAUUUCAGACAUUUUGUGCCACAAAAAAAGUUAAACUGCAUCUACACAGUGAUGUCCAGUCCUCUGUCUUCUUUCUGCUGAUAAGACUGUAAAAGGCACAGCUGUGUGCAGAUUUUAAAGGAAGCGUUCAGUCAGGGGGACCUAUUAAGUUUAUUUGUUUUUAUCCUGAAGGAACUUUGUGGCCUUUCUCUAUUGGUUUUUAGCCCUCUCUGAAUUUUAAGUGAAAUUCUGCUAUGGUUUAACCUGUGCUCUGUUACCGUAAACUUUAGGAUCUGAAUGACUCACAAGCAUUAACAAAAUUUCAACUGCUAGCACAGACUUCUCUAAAACUGUCACACUCUCAGCUGUGUUGCCUUCUCAAAAACCACCAGACUCCAUUGACAAAAACACUCAUUUGAAAGCAUCAAAUGUUUGAGUUUCUGGGGAAUACCCCCGUUUUAUGAAAGAAGUCUGGUGCAGUCAGGCUGUGAGUCAUUAAGACCCCAAAUAAACAGUGUAAAAACUGGAGCACAUGAUUAAAUGAAUCAGAAUUCCUCUGAAGAGCAGGCUAUAUCUGUUGUUUUAAUUUCACAGGAAAAGUGGUUCAAUUUAGUGCGGGCAGCUGCAGCUUUUCAGCCAAUCAGAGCAGAGAUUCUGUGUCCUACUAAGACUAAGCAGAGGCAUACACAGGUGUGUUGAAGUUGUGCGUUAGACUGUGUCGUGGGUUGACAUUCAGCUGUAAAUACUGUACUUAUCGUCCUCCAUUAACGCCCCCCUUCAGUUAUUUAACAGCAGCCACUCUGUUGUGUUUGUAGGCUUUAAAGAGCAUGGCAUGAAGUCAGUGAUUGUUUUUAUUUUCUCAUGUAAAUAAAGUUUGCAUUAAUAAAACCUCUGUUUAAUUAAGUCAUUGUUUUUUCUGAUGAAGACAACAAUGAUGAUGAGGAUGAUGAUGAUGAUGAUGGUCAUUGCCCUGUCAGUCAUCUGCUUUGUAGCUGAAUGUUGAGUAAAGACAAAUAAAUAACAUUGUUUUUGUAUUUAAUUCAGAUGUCAGUACUCGUCUUUCAUUGUUGCUCUCCAGCUUCCCUUGUAUAAUCCAUAGUGGAAAAUGGCAAUAAAGUCUUGUUUUUUUUAACAAUCAGU